AUACUAUUGUCUUCGCGCACUGCUUAGACGAUUCAAGACUGCGAGGGCGGCACUCUUCCUCAUCAUGAAGAAACAAACCAUGAUGAUUUUAGCGGCAGCUAUUUUGCUUUUGUCGAUGGCCGUAAAAAAGUCAAGCGAGAAUCUUCUUCCAUCACUUCAGUUCACACGCGACACAUUAAUGAGUUUCUCAAUGGGCUCAGAGCGUGAGGUAGAAAUUCUCACACCGAACAAGACAACGAGACUAAUUCCUAAUUCUGGCAACACUGGUUUAAAGAUUGUGAAAAUGUCUAAAGGGGUCCGACCAGUUAAAGGAGCGAAGAAGGUACUCAAGGGAAUUUUUGUAUCUGCAACGAGUCAUGGCAUGAUUAUACCAGCGACUCCAAAACCAGUUACGCAAACGGUGAUCACAUAUCAGAAAAAACGAAAGACGUACAGACCUCGCGCCUCCCCAUCAAACAAGUUUCUUGAAGCUAUCAACGACAUCGAACGCGCUGUGGCUAAUGCGAGGGCUUCAGGAGUCCGCCACAAUGGUGAUACGUUGCCGAAAUUAAAAAGACUUAUUGUAAGGGCGAUUAGGAGCAAAAGUUUCAAGUAUGCGCGCGAGGUUCUUGGACAUAUCAUGUUUAUUUUAAGCACAAAAUCAUCACCACCAAGACGCACAAAGCGGGCUUCUCAAAACAGUGCAAAUAAAGGUAAAGAAUUUCUUCAGGGACUUCGCACUCAGCUUGGAAGCUCGACGUUUGAUAGCUUCAUGGCUGUUCAAGGAGAUGUAUCUCUCAUGUUUGUCAUCGAUAACACAGGAAGUAUGGGCGAAGAAAUUCAAGCUACAAAGAAUAUCGCUAUUGAUAUCAUCAAUUACCCACGUCAAGCCCCUGUUGAGUACAUUCUGUCACCAUUCAAUGACCCUUACCCAGAUGUAUCACCAGUGGUUAUAAUGGACGAAAUUGACGCUGGCGAGUUUGUGAAAGCUAUAAACAAUCUCAGAGUAAAUGGGGGAGGUGACUGUCCCGAGUAUACCUUUACAGGCAUGCUGGAGGCGCUCUAUCAAGACCCGCAGUGGGGCUCCCCUAUGUACGUGUUUACUGAUGCUGGCCCGAAAGAUGCCACAGAUGAAAACAUCGAGGAGGUGAAGCUCUUGGUUAGCGCCGAAGAAUAUGGCGUGACAAUCAAUUUUUUUACAACCGGGUACUGCACUUCCCAGGGAUACUCACAUCAAGACCCGAGGAAUCUCCAUCCAGCUUUUAGGGAACUAGCAGAAUUGACUUCCGGCCAGGCAAUUUUGUUGAAAGACCAGUGGGAAUUAGAAGAACUGAACGAUUUGACCGGGGGAGUACUUGAAGGAACUAAUGUUAUCAGUGUUGGCUCGAAUAUGUCGGGAAGAAAGAAACGGAACACUGACGGAGCAGUAAGCAACCGAUAUAGCAUUCCAGUGGAUGAGUCUAUCGAGAAAAUGACCAUAUCAGUGACUACCACAAAGAGAGAUACAAAUGGUCAAGGAAUCACUGUAACAGAUCCCGACAAUAUCAUUAUCACAUCUGGAAAACGCAGCCUGUCCCAGAUCUCCGUUUACCAGAUUGACAACCCCAAAAAGGGAGAAUGGACACUAACUGUGUCUGGCAGCAAUGGAGGUCACCAAUUUUACGUCAAAUCGACCAGUGAGACAAACGUUGACUUCGAACAUUACUUCAUCAUUCCAUUAAGCCGCAGGCGCCAUCAGGAAGUACCUAUUUCAAAUCCAAUAAUUGGUAAACGGAACAAGGUGGUUAUAACCGUCGCUGGUUCUGAGAAAGUCAUUCCAAGCUCCUUGCGUUUGGACCUUAUUACCCCUGAAGGAACAAAGAUCAGCGACGUCACACUACAGACAGCUGACAGGGUCCAUUUCACCUCAAGUUUCACGCCUCGUGUUAGUCAGCCGUUCAAAUUCAAGCUCAGAGGUACCACUCGUGGCGGGAACGCGUUUGAGAGGAUUUCACACCAGACGAUCAAACCCACGACUGUCGUGCUAAGGGGAAAGUAUGCCAGCAAUGAUUAUACCCUCCCUCUAGGAAGAGUCACCUUUGUUCAUUUUCAACUGUGUAAUUUUGGUGAAAGUGAACAUUUUGACGUGACAGUCGUGAAAGACAAGAUGGGGUACAUGCUCUCUCAGAGUGUCAGGUCAAGGCGGGUAAUAAAGGGCCGUUGCACUACACUUUCCGUUCGUGCCAAAGCCACACGUUCUACAGAUGUGGACAAAACAGAUACCGUGUUUUUAAUCGCGAAGGGUCGAAAAUCUAAAGUUGUAGCUUCACAAGCGGUGCGUCUGUUCGUUGUUUCUUAAGUUCAUCGGAGUCGGGCGUUAGUUUUUUCAGCGCAUGAAUGAGAUAGCAAAUGUAAACAGAGAAAACAAUCUAGAAUAGAAGUA